ACAUCAUUUAAUAUUGGUGUACUUGGAGAAGAUUUUUCGGAAGCAGAACUAACCGAUCUAUCGGAUUCCAAAGACAUUGUUUUGAGGACCAGACAUGAUGCGGCACUCGUUAAACUAACAAGCAUGAAAUGGUUUUUACUAAGAAGCUCGGAUGAAGGAUCGGAAAUAAUUAACAGUGCAUUUUUCACCGAUGGAGAUUGCGUGAUUGUUGAAACCAACUAUUCUGUUACUACCGGUUAUCUGUUCACCGCAUCCGAUGGAAAGUGCAAAAAAGAGUUUAUAAUUUCGGAAAAUCAUGACGGUGAUAACAUUAAGCUCAGCACCGAGGGAAAAAUUUUUCUAUGUAAUCGUGCCAUACAUGUUAUCAUGCAAUGGGACAUUAAAACCCUAAAACUGGAGAAACAAUGGAUUUUAAGAUGGAAUUUUUCACCACAUAACUUGGACUUUGUCAUAAACGAAAGUCACACGCUCUUGGCAAUUUGGAAAUACGAGUUCAUAUACGUUUAUUCGAUGGAGACGUAUUCCAUCGUGGCAUCUU